AACUUAAAACAAAACAAAAAAAAUCAAACCGACAAUUAAACCAGUACGAUGCGGUUUACUUACUAGAUCACUCGGUUAGGGUUUCGAAGUUUCAGUGUCUCUCACUUCCUGCUACUUUCCCCAUUCACAAAAUCGUGAAAGCAAAAAGAAAAAAUCUUCGCCUACUCGCCGGAACCAACUUACUUUUGCUCACCGUCUCGCCGGAGUUUCGACAAUCUCAGAGAGAAGAAGAAGAAGAAGAAGAAGAAGAAGAAGAAGAAGAAGGAAAGAGAAUGAAUCAGAACGUUAAUGUACCGGUAGAAGUGAUUGGUGAUGAGGAGGUUGCCAUGCUGCACGAAGGAAUCGGUUUGAUACUUUCGCGGUGGACUGCUAUGAGAGCCGCCGUCGAAAACGGUUGGGGCGGCAAAAAUUCUCAAGCGAAAGCUGAGAACACCAUCUCCCAAAUUUUCGAUCAUUUCACCCUAUCAAAAGAUCCAAUGGACUAUGAUCGGUUAGUUGAUAUUCUAGAGAAUGGUCUUAAUGAGCUUAAUACUGAGGCUGAUGAUGGAAGCCCCGAAGAGGUGACAGAGUCACUACUGGAUUUGUACCAAGAAUGCUGUGUCGGUAACUUCCAAAUGGUUGAGAAGCUAAGGGCUACUAAAUUUAAGGCGAAAGCAAGUGUCGUCAAGGUUGCAAAUGGUGAUGAUGAGGAAAGCGACGAGGACGGUGAUGAUGAGGAUACAAGCAUGAAUGAUGAUCAAACCACAGACAUGAUGGUGGAUGCAUCUGAGAAUAGCUCAAACCGUAAACCAGAAGCCAUGCCGGUUGAUGAACCAGUAGCCGAUGAUGGCUGGACGGUAGUUCCAUCUAGAAAAAACAAGGGAAAGAAGAAUUAACCGGUCUAGGUUCCCAAGGUGUUAUGUAAUUUUAACAACAGUUUUGGUUGCUUAUUAUUUAUAUAAUAUAUAGAUAGCAGUCUAUAGAUUGUCACUCUCUAAACAAAAUCAGAAGGUUAUGUAAUGGUUUUGUGCACUCAAAAUCUGCUUUGCAUUCUCUCACUCACUUGGAAAUUCUAUAGUCUUAAGCAAUGCAUUAUCAGAUUUCUCUCUGUUU